CUAAAAAUAUACAGAUAGAAGAUUAAGACCCUAUGUCACAAAGGUUUAAUAACACUGUCAACUGAAAGAAGACCUCUCCUUAAAGGUGAUUCCUGGAGUAACGGGAGAGAAGAAACGAGAGCACGAAGUCAAGGACUACCCCAAGUACUGCGCGCGAGAUGGAGAAGCCUCCGUUGCCUAGCGACGAGGCCGACACCGGGAUCGGAGAGAGCCGCUCGGUAACCGAGCUCCUGGACUUGGGCGAUCCCGGGACCUCCGGCGAGGCGGCGAACGACCGCCCGGCGUGGGACAGCAAGCUGCAGUAUGUUCUGGCCCAGGUGGGCUUCAGCGUGGGCCUGGGGAACGUGUGGAGGUUCCCCUACCUGUGCCACCAGAACGGGGGAGGAGCGUUCAUGGUUCUCUAUGUGGUGCUGUUGUUGCUGGUCGGGGUCCCCCUGUUCUUCAUGGAGCUGGCAGCAGGCCAGUGCAUCCGUCAGGGAAGCAUCGGCGUGUGGAAGCACAUCUCUCCCAAGCUGGUUGGCGUAGGCUUCUCCAGCUGCAUGGUGUGUUUCUUCGUGGCUUUGUACUACAAUGUUAUCAUCGCAUGGAGUCUCUUCUACUUGGGGAACUCCUUCCAGUCCCCUCUGCCCUGGGAACAUUGUCCCAUCAACAUGACCCCCAAUACUACAGUAAAGGAAUGUUCGGAUAGCUCGCCCACCUCGUACUUCUGGUUCCGAAAGGCUCUGGACAUCACAGACUCCAUCGAUGAAUCUGGCGAGUUUAACCCCAUCAUGACUGGCUGUCUGCUGGCUGCCUGGACCAUCGUCUGUCUAGCGAUGAUCAAAGGCAUCAAGUCCUCUGCCAAGGUGAUGUACUUCUCUUCAGUCUUCCCGUACGUGGUGCUCUUCAUUUUCCUCAUCCGAGGAUUGAUGCUGGAUGGAGCUUUAGAGGGAAUCGCCUACAUGUUCUACCCGAAAAUAGAGAUCUGGGGAGAGGUCCAGGUGUGGCGGCAGGCGGCCACGCAGGUGUUCUUUGCCCUCGGCCUGGGCUACGGCUCGGUGAUCGCCUACUCCUCAUACAACCCCUACCACAACAACUGCCACCGCGACGCGCUCAUGGUCUCCUGCAUCAACUUCAUGACGUCCGUGCUCGCCACCCUUGUCGUCUUCGUCGUGCUGGGCUUCCGGGCCAAGACCAUCGCCCUGAACUGCGUCACACAAAACCUUGGCCUUUUAAAUGACAUGGCCUCACAUGGAAGCGCCAAUCACUGGUGGCCCUGGUUCAAUAUGUCCGACCCGGCCUCGGUCACCAUACCUGAAUACAGGGAGUGGUUUCGUCACUACGGCUCCCAGGUGGCACCAAACAUCACCGACUGCGACUUGGACAAAGAGAUGAGCAAGGGAGUGGAAGGCACGGGCCUGGCCUUCAUCGCCUUCACAGAGGCCAUGGCCCUGUUCCCCGCCAGCCCCUUCUGGUCCACGCUCUUCUUCCUCAUGUUGCUGAACCUGGGAAUGAGCACCAUGUUUGGAACCAUGCAGGGAAUCCUCACACCCCUCAUGGACAACUUCAGCCUGCUGGGACGCCACAGGACCGUGCUGACUGUGUGCAGCUGCGCUCUGGGCUUCGUCAUCGGCCUUCUGUUUACCCAGCGCUCGGGGAACUACUUUGUGACGAUGUUCGACGACUACUCUGCCACCCUGCCCCUGAUCAUCGUGGUGGUGUUUGAAACAUUCGCUGUUGCCUGGGUGUACGGAGCUGAUCGCUUCUUGGAUGACAUCGAGAUCAUGCUGAAAUGGCGCCCCCCGGUGAUUUAUAAGUACCUGUGGAAGUACUUGUGUCUGUUCGCCAUGGUGGGGCUGCUGCUGGCCAGUCUCCUGAGAAUGGCCUUCAAGCGACCAACCUACACCGCUUGGAAUCACACCACGGCCUCUGAGACCACACUGGAGUAUCCUGGCUGGGCCCUGGUCCUAUUGGCCACGUUAAUCCUGGCUGCCACCCUCCCCGUUCCUGUCGGCUUCCUCCACUCCUGGCUGAAGAACCGCGGAACGGGACCCGACAUGGAUCCCGGGGUCGAGCUCAGUUGCCAGGAGAUGCGACGAGACAGUUACAGGAAGUACAACAACAGCGUGGACUCCAACCUGGACGCCAGCACUCGGCGAGCCCAGUCGGAGGAGGAGGAGGAGGUCGGCCGCCGACCCAGGGCCAGCUUCCUGCCACUGGGUGUGGACCAUUACAGGCCCCUCCCCCAACAGGAAGACUUGGAAGAGGAGGAGGAAGAGGAUGCGAUGUGAGGGAGAGUGACAAGGCCCGUCUUGCUUUAGAGAGAGAUUGCACUCCUCUUACAACCAGCACUUUUAAUUAAUAAUGAUCGUGAAAAGAUUGUUCAUUGUCCAUAUGAACGUUCAUCCACAUUGCCAAAGAAACAUUACCACAACAGCGUUCUGUGUAUAAUGCACAAUAGUGACCUAUUAUGAGGGGCCUAUCAUUGUGAUGCUGUGUAUCGCAACAGGUGCCUUGCGUUUUAAGUGUUGUAGAAACGGACCCAUGGUCCUCAUCGUUGAACUGUGAUGACCGUUUCAAAUUCCCAUGGGUAAAAGAUUGUAUUCGUAGUGUAACUUUAAAGCCUCUCAAAAGACACUAAUGCAAGUCAGUGGCUAAUUAUUAAGAAAGUGUACCUGUUCUCCAACUCAUACAUGUUGCGUAACAAUACUCCUAAAAGACAAUUUAAGGUUUUAAUGCACAGAACUACUUCACCUAUCCAUGUUGAUAUAAUCUGAUAUGCUGCUUUUCUGAAGUAAAAGGAUGCUAAAGUCAGUUCCUAAGGAGAGCAAUUAGGGGCAACAAUCGAAACUUCACACAGUGGUACUGCGCCCCAUAACACACUUUGCUCUUCAAGUAACCCUAAAUGGUGCUACUGGGCAGGGGUGUACUCCUAGCUUGGUGUAAUACCAAAGUAUGUAAUACCAGGAAACUUAAAGGGGCAAUGUGGAGUUAAUACAUCAAUUCCUGAACCUCUAAUGGAAUUUUUAUUUACUAAUUGACUAUUGAAUAUAACAGUAUAAAUGCAGUAUGAGCUUAGUUUAACUGUUGUACCCUAAAUGUCUGCUUCUUUUCCUUGUUGAUUUCAUGUCAACAAAUCUGUAAACAAACACCAUAGUCUACAGCCUCAAACAAUGGUUGAAACUAUAAUGUACAUAUUAUGGAUGGUCGGCCCUUGCACCUAUAGCUCGGUCUAUAAAUAUUUGAGUGGUUAUAUUUCUCCAGCCCCAUCCCUCAGCUUUUUACAGAAACUGUAGCCAGGAGAACCCUUUGUUAUUGCUACAACUGCUGAUUGCUGCUUUAACAGUCACGUUGUUUUCCCUCCAGAUUGUGGUUGUUGCCACUGACCCGGCUUGAAUGUCAGUCUGUCAGAUGGCACACAAGGAGGCAGGUCGGGCAACAGUUCCAAUGUGCUAGGUGUCUAAUAAUAACUUCUGGGCAUAUUGAAUCUCCAUUUCGUAAGAAAGGUUUGCUUGGAACUGGAUUGGAUACCUUCUUUCUAAAAGGGCUGCAACUUUACUUCCUCUAAUCUAGAUACCGGGACAUCGUGCUCAGGGUUUCACUUCCGAAAAGUGGAGUACCUUAAAAUGAUUGUUCUGAUCUGAAUGGUACUGUGCUGGCUCUAAAAUGUCCAACUCCACUUAUCCUUUCCAACACAGUUCCAAGCCACAUAUUUGGUGAAUGAGGAACUGGGCCAGUUCAGGACUCAAGUUGGUUUGGCUCGGUAGAGUUAAAAGGACUUUAAUCUUUGCCUUAUAACAACAGACUGAUUUGUCCUUGGGAAACCAGGUGUGCACUUAAGUAGCUACAAGGCGGAAACAACGACCCAGGAGGACUGUGGAUGUCAUAGGCCCAAGUCAUCGAUGCACCCUGGACCAAGACUAUCAGCUGGUUCUGUAAUUCUCAGGAUUUAGUUUACCCAAAUCGGCUUGCAUGGCUAACUGAUCCUGCCUUGGUUAGAUCGCCACCUGACCCUGCCUAUUCAUGUAAAUAGAUAAAAACAUGGAUUUCUGCAGGACUUUUACACAAUAUAUAGAAAAUAAAGAAAACUGGAUUUUCCUUUUUUGCCAGUUACCUGUAAAGGCGAGGCUUGUAGCUGCAGUGGAAUCUGCACAACAGAUAGAAGCCACCACUGUCAAAACAGGGCCACAGAGUUCUCAUGUUUGAGCCUGACCGUGUAGACUAACAGCAGGACCAGCUAGCUAGCAUGUCAAAUAUGUAAGAAAUUAAUAGAUUUUUCAUCUGUCUGAAAUUACCUUUAGUGUAUAGAUAUCAUAAGGAAAUAACUGCUUUAACAAAUGUACACAGUCCUUUCCACAAUAUAUUUACGAGAAAGGGUAUGCGAACAUGAAAAUUCUAGGUGUGUAAUUACAUCUUUGUGUUAAUUGUUGCUAUGGUAUAUACAAAUGCAAGACCUAUUAUAAGGUGAGCUGUCACGUGGGGCCAUAAACAUUAGUGUUGAUGAUCAGAGUUCCUCAGUCAAAAACACUCUAGAUUAAAAUGGAUGGAGAAAGCACUCAAAUUUUGGGUCAACUUAAAUUGCAUUUAGAGAAGCAGUUCAGUUGUGAUGUUCUGCUCAGGUUUAAGUAAAAGACGAUGACAUUUUUAAAAUAGAAAUUCUGGUCAAAAUACAAUUUUAGUGAAUAAAUAUAGGCUGCUUAUGACCUGAGGUGGAUGUAAGGCAGCAGAUUGCCUAGUGGUAAGAGCAUUAGACCUGUUACCAAAAGGCUUCUGGUUUGAGUACCCAAGGUGAAAAUAUAUUGUGCCCUUGAGCAAGGCACUUAACCCUUACUGCAGCUAUAAGUCAAUCUACGUAGGCUUGCUAAAUGACUAAAUAAAAUCCUGCCGAGUGCGAGGGCACAUCGGAAUCUAGAAUAUCAUGGCAGCUGUGUUUAUUUUUGUCUUGUUAAAAAACCUCCAGAGACAUUUGCACAGAGUAACAGGUCAAUGUAUGUCAAGGUACACUACUGUUCAAAAGGUUGGGGUCGCUUAAAAAUGUCCUUGUUUUUUAAAGAAAAGCCAAUUUUCCAAGAUGCUAGCCUUCUAGGCGGAGUUUUUCCUCUGUUCAGUUUCUUUUGCCCAUCUUAAUUUCUUUCUUUUUAUUGGCCAGUCUGAGAUAUGGCUUUUUCAUUGCAACUCUUUUUCA